UGUCAGCCUGUUGCGUUCGUUUAACAAAUACCAUUCCGGCAGGAUCAUAAAAAUAGAAAAAAUAAAAGUGACCAAAAAUAAUAAAAAAAAAGAAAAAUUUGUUAUAUUUUACGCGCUAAGCUUGAAUAUAUAAAAAAACUAAACUAAUUUAUUAAUAACGUGACCUGUAUAGUGUGCGUGUUAGUGUGUGAAUUGAAUGUUAUUUUUAAAAUAUUUAAAAAUAUAACAGUCCUAUAAACAAAAAAUAACACAAUUUGGAUUUGUUGUGUUAUUUUCAAUUUUUGUAGGUGGUUAUACUACUUAACACCUGUCUUAAGUUAAUGAAAUAUUUUUUAGAUCCUUCAGGAAUUGAGGAUAAAACAGAAACAACACGAACCUUCAAAUUUUGUGGUAGUCCAUUGUGUAAUUCUUUUGAAUUUGUGCGUGUAAUUUAAAAAAAAACCUUAUUUCCAAAUAAUCUGUUUGUUGUUUUCUAAUAUCAUUCUGUAAUUUUACUGGCAGGCAAUUUGUAUAUUUUGCUUCGUUGAUUUUAACAACAAACGUGUGUGCAAUUUUUUACAAACAACGAGCGAAUCGAAAAAACAGACAAUAAGAUUUUUUGUAAUUUUUUUUGUUUGGCCUGUGAAUUAACAUUUUGAUUUAUAACCUGUUUAACAACAGUUCGUAACAUUUCAAGUCCUUAUUUUGGCAUAAGUGUCAAAAAGAAUAAAUAAAACCACCUACUUGAAACAUCCAGGCCACAAUUGAAUUGCAGCCGUUUUAUUUUCAACGUUUAUUGGAUUAAUUUAUAACAGCAAUUUAUUUAGAAAAUAUACUCUUAUUUUCUCAUUUUAUCCUUUUUCUAGCACCAUGAAAGCCGCAACGUGGCUGUGUCCAGUCUUAACACUAUUGUGUGCUACAAAACUCGUUUAUACCGCACAGAGAGGAAGUUACGGUGGUUAUCCAUUGGAUGACAUGGAUUCGCAAUUGUUACAGAAUGACUACUUCCGUUCGAAACGUAACAAACCAUCGUUGUCAAUUGUAAAUCCACUGGAUGUUUUGAGGCAACGUUUGUUACUGGAAAUAGCUCGUAGGCAAAUGAAAGAGAAUUCGAGACAGGUGGAAUUGAAUCGAGCCAUAUUGAAAAACGUGGGCAAACGUAUGGCCAACAAAUACUCUUCACCACUGGUUGCAGCACUCUAUGAUGAUGUACAUGAAUCACAGCAGCAGCAACAGCAAAUGCAACAUUUGCAACCUUAUGACUACGAAUUAAUACCCACAACAUUAAUUUUUGAUUAUCUACAACAACAACAACAGCAGCAGCAACAACGACAACAACCUUGGUUGCCAUACGAAUCCAGUGCAACACCAUUCGAUAACAAUUACAUUAACAAUGCUUUUACAUCAUCAUUCUUAGAUGCUGCAGAUGAGACUGGUGAGGAGAAUGGUGAACAGGACAUGAUGGUUUUUAAUGGGGUAUUGGGCAAUAAUGAAAAACAUUCCUUGAAACAUAUAAAACAAUCAAAUGAUGGGCAUUCCUCCCCCGCAAAUGAGCCACGUGAAACGUUAACAUUUGAAAAAUCAAUCAACAGUAACAGCAACAGAAACGAUGAUACAAAACGUUUACAAUUGAUUAAUAAUCAUCAACUUCAUCAUCAUAAGAAUGAUUUGAAUCUAGAUCUUAAUGAUGCAAAUCCAAUAUCGUCAAAUCCAAAUGCAAAUGAUUUUAAAAAUGAAGUCAAUGAUAAUAAUGGUGAUUAUCAGAUACAACGUUAUUUGUAUCAUUUGCAUAAAAAUCAAAAUCAUUUAACGAGAAAGUAAAUUUAUUUGAGCAAACCUUCCAUACCCUCAAUACACCACAACAAACGCUUUUUAACUUACCCCACUACUCCCCAAUCGGUAUGUUUAUUUUAUUGAUAAAGUAAAAAAAUGUUAAAUUCCUCUAUAAAUUUAUAUAAAUACACAACAUUAUUGUUAAACUCUUAAAGACAAUUAUUACAAGAAAAAAAUUGAAAAAACAAAAAAAGUAUAAAAAUACCUUAAUUCUAACCAUGUUAUAAGGCUUAAUAACGAAUAAACGAUUAAAACAAUUUUUGAGUGUAUUGUAUUGCUUAAUGUGUUAAGUAGUAAUUGUACAACAAAAUGACAAAAUAUUAUAAUAAAAUAACAUAUAAAUAUUUAUAACUAGGGAAUAUAUGUUUAAAAAAAAAAAAAAAACAAAAAUCAAAAAUAUAAUUAAUUGCAUUAAACGAAGUCAAUGGUGAAUGUAACUAAAUAAAUACUUAUUAAUUAUGUAUAUUAAAAAAAAACACUAAAUCAAAAUUUAAAAAGAAAAUUUUUAAAAUGUUUUCGAAAAAACAAUU